AUGGGUCAGUCUCGAAACGCCUUCCCGUUGAUUGUAUCCCAGUACGCGCUCGUCGAGGAGCGCGGGAAGAUCGGCGGGGGGGCGUACGGGGAGGUGUUCCUGUACCGGGACACGGCCACCGGAGAGCUGGUGGCGGUGAAGCGGUGCCGCAUAGCGCCGGAUGAGGCGCCCGGGGAGGUUUGGGCGGAGCGCAUGGCGACCUGCGCCAUCCGGGAGGCGUCCGUGCUGGAGGAGCUGCAGCGAUCGGGGGGCCACGAGAACAUCAUCAGGUUCAAGGGCACUAGAAUGAUCGAGGAGCGGUCCUACCUGCUGUUAGCGUUCCAGUACGUGGAGCACAACCUGUCCGAAUUCAUGAGGGAGUUUCACGAGAGGCCGGAAUUCGACCCGCAGAUCCCCAAGAUACUGCUGUUCCAGAUAUUGAAGGGCGUGCAUCACCUUCACAAGAACAUGAUAAUGCACAGGGACUUGAAACCUCAAAAUGUGGUGAUCGACAAGGAGCGCACGCAAAUUUGCCUGCUCGAUUUCGGCCUCGCUCGCGGGUUCAGCCUCCCGGCCCAGCGCUAUUCACCAGAGGUAGUGACCUCAGUCUACCGGGCCCCGGAAUUGCUGCUUGGCGUACGGCAGUACACAGCAGCCGUUGACAUUUGGUCAGUGGGGUGCAUCUUCGCGGAAAUGAUCAACGGACAAGUCCUUUUCCUACCGGAAAAUCAGGAACCGCAAGAAUGGUCAAUCUUCAGAACAAUGGGGAUCCCUCAGAACUUGGCGCAGCUGCUCAACUUCGACGGCCCCUUGGCGCCCAUCUUCCAACCGCGCCCGGCGGUGCCCCUCGCCGACAUUGUGCCGCGGCUGAGGGCUGAGCCGCACGGGCUGGACUUGCUGUCAAGGAUGUUGAAGUACGCCCCGGCCGAAAGGAUCAUCGCCAGCGACGCCCUCAGGCACCCCUACUUCCAAGACCUGCCUGCCGAAAUGCUCGUGGGGCUGCCCUGA